AUGGCAACUUUGACCCGUCAACCCCUCCUGCAGCUGGACUCGAGUAUGAGAGGGCCGGUCGGACCUCUAGUACAACUAUUCGACCGCCAAAUCUGUCAAAUCGCGAAUGAACAGGAUCCUAGACCGAACCCUUUCAAGGUACUGAUGGCGCGGCUCCACGUCUGUUGCUUCUAUUUUCUCGGCGGAGGCGACGCUCUGCAACACCAGGAGCUGAUCAAUGUUUUCCAAAUUGCCUGUGCUUUUGUUGACGCGUUGAGUGACGGAGAUGCUGCGACAGGUUUCAUACUCUAUUCUCCUCAUAUCAACUACCGAACAAUAGUUCUGUCAGCUUUCAUCAUCCUACGCGUACUCCGGAGCAUCCUGAGGGAGGUGAUCGACGUUCCAAAGGCCGAAGGAAUAUUUCUAGCCGCCAUUGAACUUCUCGAUAAACGAUCACUUACGCGCAACGACUUGGAAGCCAGGAAUGCUGCUAUCUUAAGAAUGCUUUGGGACAGCAGUACCGCACUACGUCAGAGCGAUGGCACAUGCGACGGACUUCGCACUCGAAGCAUGGCCCGAGGGUCAUUCAGUGUCGCAUUCGACUGCUACUACUACUGGAUCCGUGAGCUUCACAGCCAAUCGUCCGAGCCCACAACAGCAGGUCCCAAUGUAUCGGCAAACGGCGCUACAUACAAUGGUGGCUCAGGUGAGAUCGUGGCACCUACAACAGAAAUUCCCCCGCCACCUCAGUUCGAUUUUGGACCGGAUAUGUUCGGCACCAGCGAAGCCACGUUGAUGGAGCUAUUCGGUCUAUCUGAGUCGUUCGAUGGCUGGAACACGAUGGAUGACUAUGGUGAUUUGCUACAAUAG